AUGCAUUUCACAUCUGCCCUUUGUCUUUUGCUUGGCAGCAGCGCUGGUGUCCUUGCUGAUCCUAUUCUUACUUCUUUUCCCAACUCUCUUGCCCUGCCGAGCAGUUUCGAUCCCAUCAAAGAGGCCUACUGGACUGGACUUCCUCACCAUCGAAGAACACCAUUCGCUGUUUCCCCAGAUGGAAAGUCGGCAUACUUGGCUUACCUUGACGCUGCAUAUGCUAGUGUCAUUGUCCAGCAAGUCGAUCUCACGACUUUUGAAGCCGUCGGCACUGCGUACGAAACGACGGGCUAUGAAGCUGCAGGUCUUGUAGCCCACAAUGAUGGGUUUGCGUUAAUGGUAACGAUCCAUGCAACAGGGUCAACUAACUUGCCACCCACUGGAGAUUAUGUCACAGCAAUCAUUCGAGUUACGAAUGGUGUGGAAAGCUGGAGAACUCCUGUCAAUGGCCCAGGUGUUCACCCUAAUACUAUGUUGACUGCUACAACUGAUGCCAACGGAGACUUGGUCUACUCGGAGACUGCUGGUCUCUACGGUGCUUACUUUGUUGUUACUGGGUACACUGGUGAUGCCUCUGGUCACUUCGGCGACUCUAUCCAAUACGUCAACACCAAAGGAGCUCUACAAACCAUCACCGGGGCGAGUAGUGACUUCGGUUGCUCUCACAACACGGGUAUUGGUCUGGAGGCUGCUGAUGCCGCACCGUUUGCCAGCAUCUGUGCCGAGGAUCAAGGCGAUAUCUGGUUGAACACUGAGACACAAUACAUGUCCGGGGUAAAGAUUGCAAACGAAAACACCACGAAUGGCUGCAGCGGAGAACCUAUGGGAGGCAUGUCUGGAUCAUAUUCAAAUCUGGCACUCUUCCCGGAUACCACCAAAUACAUCUUCGCAUGGCAAUCACGGGGAGCUCUCGACUUGACGGAGAAUGCCUGGCUUGGAACUCCAUAUACACAAUGCAGUCCCCGCUGGUUGAACCACAAUGUCGCUAUUGCGACUAUGUCGGACAAAAAUACCCUCACUGGAGCUGAAGCCUCAUCCACAGUUGGCGCGCACAACGGUGAUGGACAGGUCAACUGGAUCACGUACUCCACCACCGAAGACCACCAAAAUGUCCAUGUUGCAACCCUCAACCCCAACCUCGCUCUGGUCACCUGGGAAACGCUUACAAACUUUGAUUGUCAGCCAGUUCCUCUUGGCUGCUCUGGGACUUAUGCUGGAACCUCGUUCCAAUUCGUCGACAGCACUGGUGCCAAGGUUGGCUCACCAACCAGCUCAACAAGCUUCUUUGUCAGUGGUGAUAUUGCCAAUGUGGGUACUAAUAAGGUCUGCUGGCCGUAUGUCGACAUGACUUGGGAUCUCAGUCAACCAUUGGCUUCUGGUACUCCUGUUAGCAAGAUGAGCUUUGCUUGUGCUAGCUCAGGGGACAGCACAGCUGGGACUGCUUCAUCGCCCUCAUCGUCCUCAUCGUCCCCAUCGUCCCCAUCGUCUUCAUCGUCCCCAUCGCCCCCAUCGCCCACACCGUCCACAUCAUCUUCAUCGUCCUCAUCGUCUUCAUCAGUUGUAUCUUCGACUGGCGCUGGAGCGGUUACUUCUUUAAGGACUCAUCAUCAUGUUGCAUCCCGCACAUUUCAAACAAUUACAAUCCCAACUGCUCCUGUUGCCGCAUCGAGGGCUAAUGAAUAUGGUACUUGUGUGUGGUGA